AUGGCCUUUGAUGUCAUGGUACCUGCGCCAGAGAGUCUACCCAAGACGCCUUUAGAAGCCCUCCAACUGGAGCGUCUUCGGGUCUACGGUCGACCGUUGUGGUCGACGUACAGUGACCAUGAGAUCAUCCAUGCAGUUCAGAAGAAAUUGCUCGGCGAUGAUCCUCAGGAUUUUCCCAGCAGCAACCCCGACAAGCGCAAUUUACAGGUUCUAGCGGUGCAUUCGACACGGUUCAUCCUCAAUCUCACUGCCGCAGGCGCUGCGUCCCAGAUGGCCGUCGACUCCGUAAGGGGCCAUUUGCGCGUUCUCACGGACUACAACGCGUCAACACGCAUGUUAAAGUCCGAGGUCCUGUCUGAGCCUAUUUUGGCUGUAGCUGCUGGCGACCUCCUCCUUAGAAAUAAGGAAAUCUACCAACGUGCCAUAAACAUCCUCGUCAAGCAACUUCUUUUGCACAAGAAAGUCAUUGCUGUAGGCGAAAAUGGGGAAACAUACGCCAGGAUCAUCCUCAUCGUUAAUCGGGAUGCCACUGUCCACGCGGCAGGGGGUCAAAUCUGUGUUGUUGACCCCGUGCGACGCCACAUAUCUCCGCUGCCCUACUUGCCACACAGCCAAUUCCGCUAUGCUGUACGACCGUUUCUCUUGAAGUCCUACCUCUCCCAGCUGGUGGAUAUAAGCUCGCUCACCGUGGUCAAUGAUGCUUAUAAGUCUGGCUUGGAAUGGGCGUCAGAAGUUUAUAUGAACUUCACCCAUUUCGUCCAACUCGAGGACUUCAUAGGAUCCUACUUUUCCUAUGAGUUUAUUCUUUUGUGCUGGCGGCGAGGUCUGGCAUUGCAAUGUGUAAAUGGCCAGCCCGUCAUUGACAACCUCCUCAUCGGUUAUCGCGGCGAGCUAUCGAAGCCUUUUGACUUGAAGAAGUUUGUUUUGGUUCCGGUGCAGAUUAAAAACCGGAUUUCGCCUGCAAGUUUGAAUUUGGUUAAGACAAUUACUUGCCCAUUUCUCAAGGACAAGACGGAGCGCUGGAAGCCAGAGUACAUGGCCAUCCUCAUGGAUCUCGGCACCACGUCCUGCUUCCAGGGCACUCAAGGACAUGUUGAUGUCACGAAGUGUGAAGCUGAAAAGGGCCAGACCGAGUGGCCUGCAUUUCAAAAAACUAAAGAAUACUCUGCUCCUUAUCUUUCUCUUCACGAGUGA